GGUCAGGCCCCCCACCCCCACCCCGAGGCAGGGUGACGCCCGCGGUCACUUCACAAGGCAGAAAUUGUUACCUGGGCAAUAAAAGGCACCGCAGAGGCGGGGGCCGGGGAGUGGGCACAUGGGGGUGCGGGUGUGCAGGUGCCAAGCGCCAUGGGUUAGGCCCGAGAUCGGAGUCCGGCCGCCCCCCGACAGCAGCCGCCUCCUGCUCCCCACGCGCCCCAGGCGCCACCAUGUCGGGCGACAAGCUUCUGAGCGAACUCGGCUAUAAGCUGGGCCGCACGAUAGGAGAGGGCAGUUACUCCAAGGUAAAGGUGGCUACGUCCAAGAAAUACAAGGGCACAGUGGCCAUCAAGGUGGUGGACCGGCGGCGCGCACCGCCCGACUUUGUUAACAAGUUCCUGCCACGCGAACUGUCCAUCCUAAGGGGCGUGCGGCACCCACACAUUGUGCAUGUCUUCGAAUUUAUCGAGGUGUGCAACGGGAAGUUGUACAUCGUGAUGGAGGCGGCCGCCACCGAUCUACUGCAGGCAGUGCAGCGAAACGGGCGCAUCCCCGGGGGGCAGGCUCGCGACCUCUUCGCGCAGAUCGCGGGUGCUGUGCGCUACCUACACGACCACCACCUGGUGCACCGCGACCUCAAGUGCGAAAACGUGCUGCUGAGCCCUGAUGAGCGUCGCGUCAAGCUCACCGACUUCGGUUUCGGCCGUCAGGCUCACGGAUACCCCGAUCUGAGCACCACCUACUGCGGCUCUGCCGCCUACGCGUCUCCCGAGGUACUGUUGGGCAUCCCCUACGACCCCAAGAAGUACGACGUGUGGAGUCUGGGCGUCGUGCUCUACGUCAUGGUCACCGGCUGUAUGCCCUUCGACGACUCGGACAUCGCCGGCCUGCCCCGACGCCAGAAGCGCGGCGUUCUCUACCCCGACGGCCUCGAGCUGUCCGAGCGCUGCAAAGCACUGAUUGCCGAGUUGCUGCAGUUCAGUCCGUCAGCCAGGCCCUCCGCGGGCCAAGUAGCGCGCAAUGGCUGGCUGCGUGCGGGGGACUCCGGCUAGAAGCCGGAGUUCCCACCGUUCCCGCCGCCCCGAGCAUUGCGCAAGAGCAGGGCACGCGCAAGAAGCGCGCUUCCGUAGUUCUGCGAAGCCGCCGCGCACCGCUGUGCACGCGCCCUUCCCCCUUCCCUACUUCUUCGACGCCGGGGGCCGCAGUCGCCCCUGUUUGGAAUUCAACUACAACACGAUCCCAAGAGCAGGAGGGCGCAUGCGCUCCCUCGGUUCCCAGCGAGAAGGCCCCAGGAGGGGGCCAGAUGAGAGGAGACAGAAACGUUGCGCCGGUGCAGGGUGAGCGACCGCUACGCGGUGGGCGGUGGUUGCUUGGAGAAGCUGCUGGCGAGUGGACGCGCGCAGAGGACGUCCAUCCACAGCCAGCCUCGCGUACCGGUGAGGGAAGGCGCGCUCCAGGCGCUGCCCUCCUUGGAACUUGCAAUAAACUCGCUCUUUCUCACACUUA